AUGAGAAGGGUGUUUACUAUGAACAACUGCAAGGAGCUGAUGCAAGAAUAUCUUGGUUCCUUGGAGGAAAUUGUGGAUACCUAUGACUUACCAGUUAACAACAAUUUCCAUGAAAUGCUGCAACAAAACAAGAUUCUGCAAGGCAUAAGGAAGAAACACAUCGAGAAAUACAUUGAAAUGUUCAAUGAGAUCAUUGAAAAUAAGAAAGAGGGAAAAGCGGUGGUGAUAGCUAAUGAUAGGAAUUCUGCACAAACUCCUCACUCCGAAUUAAUUAAGGAUGGUAGAUUUAGUGAGGCUAAAGAAUCAAAAGAGGGUCAAAUAGAAGUGCAUCUUUUGGGAUGGGGUAUUGCUAAGGCUCUAGUCAAGUUCAAGAAGGCUGAUGGUUCUAGUGACCGGUACUUGCCCCCGUGUUUGAGUAUUAAUGAAAAUGGGAAGACUGAUGAAUCUGUUAAGAUGAACUUGGGGAUAGAUGAGCAAGUGGGUGGAAUAAGUAUCUCGACUGCAGAUCAUUAUAAGGAUGAGGAUAAGAUAAAAGGACCAACCGGAAGAAUCAGGAUGCUAUACAUCAUUUAUUAUCCACCGUGA